CUGCUUACGACUUCAACCACGACUACGACGACGCCAUGGCCAAAGCACUGUACCUCACAUUCGCCACCCUGACAGACAUCCUUAACCCCAGGUCGUUGUACUUGGUAUUGUACGGAUGGCUGCUCGGCAUGUCGCUUUGGGUGACCUUCUUUGGAGGUUUCAUAGCCCUCAAAGCUUUGCCCCGCCACCAAUUCGGCGCACUCCAGCACCGGACGUUCCCGGUUUACUUCUCGGUCUCGAUAGCGCUCUCCACCAUCCUUCUGCUUAUGUGGACCACGACCCAUCCGGACGUACUCUCGUACAUUGCCAAGCCCACUCACGUUGACGUUGCCCAGGCAUAUGCGCUCGCCUUCGUCUUAGUCAACCAAACUAUCAACCAGUUGGUCGUUGGACCUCUCACGAGCCGAACCAUGUUCCAGCGCCACAAGCUCGAGAAGGACGAAGGCAAGAACUACAAUGACCCUGCCGCCUCGGACGCCAUGAAGGCGCUGAACCGCAAGUUCGGCAUGCUGCACGGCGUUAGCUCGCUCUGCAACCUCGGCGCCAAUCUCGCGCUUAUCUUCCACGGUCUAUGGCUCGGUCAUGUCAACACGGCUCUCAAGGGGUAUUGAAAAGGGUAUUUGCAUAUCGUGCUUGUCUGAAUGUGUGAAAUGAACCAACCAGUCAUUGAAUGCGCAUCUAUUCUGUACAUUAAAACUGAUGUAUAUAUGCUGUGUGUCAACCGAAGGAGCUGGUACGUCAC